GGGCAACGCGGCGUGAGCAGCGGCCCCAGGCUCCUGGAGCAUCGCGCCCGGAGGACACUUCGCUGCUGCUCGGGGCCGCAGCCUGGUGAGCUCAGCCCCCUUCAGACCCUCCCGUGCAUCCCAGCUAGAGCCUCUCGGAGCCGGCGCUGAUCGAUGCCGACACACCCUGGGGACCCUAUCGCGACUCCAUCGCGCCAUAUCGCGACAUCAUCGUGCCCUGUCAAGACUCCAUUUUGUCACAGCCCUUUUCAGUAUAUAUCUUUCUAAAAAUAAUUUGCCCUGUCAUCUUCGGGGGCUGCCCCCCCAUGUCGUGAUUUUUGCUGUGAUCUCUCCGUGACAUCACCGCGCCAUCGUGAAGUGUGAUCUCAUCGCUGCUCUGUCGUGACUUCAUCAAUGUCGUGUUGUGACCUGGCUGCGGCGGGACAGUUGGGCAAGGCGGGCAUCAUGGCCUCGGAUUGUGAGCCAGCUCUGAACCAGGCAGAGAGCCGAAACCCCACCCUGGAGCGCUACCUGGGAGCCCUCCGUGAGGCCAAGAAUGACAGCGAGCAGUUUGCAGCCCUGCUGCUAGUGACCAAGGCAGUCAAAGCAGGUGACAUCGAUGCCAAAACCCGGCGGCGGAUUUUCGACGCCGUCGGCUUCACCUUUCCCAAUCGCCUCCUGACCACUAAGGAGGCACCGGAUGGCUGCCCAGACCAUGUUCUCCGGGCCCUGGGCGUGGCCCUGCUGGCUUGCUUCUGCAGCGACCCUGAACUGGCUGCCCAUCCCCAGGUCCUGAACAAGAUCCCUAUCCUUAGCACCUUCCUGACAGCCAGGGGCGACCCCGAUGACGCUGCCCGCCGCUCCAUGGUCGACGACACCUACCAGUGUCUGACAGCUGUAGCAGGCACACCCCGAGGGCCCCGGCACCUCAUUGCUGGUGGCACCGUGUCUGCCCUGUGCCAAGCAUACCUAGGGCAUGGCUAUGGCUUCGACCAGGCCCUGGCACUGCUGGUAGGGCUGCUGGCUGCUGCCGAGACACAGUGCUGGAAGGAGGCGGAGCCCGACCUACUAGCCGUGUUGCGGGGUCUCAGCGAGGAUUUCCAGAAAGCUGAGGAUGCCAGCAAGUUCGAGCUCUGCCAGCUGCUGCCCAUCUUUCUGCCCCCGACAACCGUGCCCCCUGAAUGCCUCCGGGAUCUGCAGGCCGGCCUGGCACGCAUCCUGGGAAGCAAGCUGAGUUCCUGGCAGCGCAACCCUGCGCUGAAGCUGGCCGCUCGCCUGGCGCAUGCCUGCGGCUCCGACUGGAUCCCGGCGGGCAACUCCGGGAGCAAGUUCCUGUCCCUGCUGGUAAACCUGGCAUGCGUGGAGGUACGGCUGGCACUGGAAGAGACGGGCACGGAGGUGAAAGAGGAUGUGGUGACGGCCUGCUAUGCCCUCAUGGAGUUGGGGAUCCAGGAGUGCACCCGCUGCGAGCAGUCACUGCUUAAGGAGCCCCAGAAGGUGCAGCUCGUGAGCAUCAUGAAGGAGGCCAUCGGGGCCGUCAUCCACUACCUGCAGCAGGUGGGGUCCGAGAAGCAGAAGGAGCCCUUUGUGUUUGCCUCGGUGCGGAUCCUGGGUGCCUGGCUGGCCGAGGAGACCUCCUCCCUGCGUAAGGAAGUGUGCCAGCUGCUGCCCUUCCUCGUCCGCUACGCCAAGACCCUCUACGAGGAGGCUGAGGAGGCCAACGACCUUUCCCAGCAGGUGGCUACCCUGGCCAUCUCCCCCAGCACCCCGGGACCCACCUGGCCAGGGGAUGCUCUCCGGCUCCUUCUGCCCGGCUGGUGCCACCUGACGGUGGAAGAUGGGCCCCGGGAGAUCCUGAUCAAGGAGGGGGCCCCUUCACUCCUCUGCAAGUACUUCCUGCAGCAGUGGGAGCUCACGUCCCCUGGCCACGACACCUCGGUGCUGCCCGACAGCGUGGAGAUCGGCCUGCAGACCUGCUGCCACAUCUUCCUCAACCUCGUGGUCACUGCUCCAGGGCUGAUCAAGCGCGACGCCUGCUUCACGUCCCUUAUGAACACCCUGAUGACGUCACUCCCUGCGCUAGUGCAGCAACAGGGCCGGCUACUUCUGGCUGCCAACGUGGCCACCCUGGGCCUCCUCAUGGCCCGGCUCCUCAGCACCUCUCCAGCUCUUCAGGGAACCCCAGCAUCCCGAGGUUUCUUCGCCGCCGCCAUCCUCUUCCUGUCUCAGUCCCACGUGGCGCGGGCCACUCCUGGCUCAGACCAGGCGGUGCUGGCCCUGUCGCCCGACUACGAGGGUAUCUGGGCCGAUCUGCAGGAGCUCUGGUUCCUCGGCAUGCAGGCCUUCACGGGCUGCGUGCCGCUGCUGCCCUGGCUGGCCCCCGCCGCCCUGCGUUCCCGCUGGCCGCAGGAGCUGCUGCAGCUGUUGGGCAGCGUCAGUCCCAACUCCGUCAAGCCUGAGAUGGUGGCCGCCUAUCAGGGUGUCCUGGUGGAGCUGGCGCGGGCCAACCGGCUGUGCCGGGAGGCUAUGAGGCUGCAGGCGGGCGAGGAGACGGCCAGCCACUACCGCAUGGCCGCCCUGGAGCAGUGCCUGUCAGAGCCCUGAGGGGUGUCCACUGGGGACAGACCCGGGGGCGGGCAGCGAGGGAAGGAGGGAGGAGGCAUCUUCCCUGAAGCCCCCAAACUGGACCCCCUCCCCAGACAUCUCCCCCCAAACACCCCAGCUUUCUGGCUUUUCCGAGGACAAGGGUAUGGUUGCCCACCCCUCAAGUGUAAGGAACUGCGUUCCGUCCCCCAGGCCCCCUUGGGGGCAGGGAUCGGCUUGGAAAUCAACGUGGUUGUCCCCGCCAGGCCGGGGAAGGUUGGAGCAGCCCCCAGGGAGGGGGGCACUAGGUGUCAUUGUGCCCGAUGUCUGGCUCCCCCGCAGGAGGGGAGGCCCCAGGCUAGGACAGGGCUGGCAGGAGCUGACUGCCUUGGCCCAUGUGCCCUGCCGGCCAGGGCGUGGGCUCCCCUAGGCUGUGGUGCCCCUGCUGGCCCCCCCAGGUCCACGUCCUUCAAAUUGGCCCUACGGCUCCUGCCCUUGGCCUCUUGGGCAGAGAGCAGGCUCAGGCCGUUGCCAUCACAGUGCUUCCCAUCGACUUCAGUGACCCAGGGUCUGAACUGGCCCCGUCUUUCAGGGUAGCUUGGGGAGGACCGGCCUGGGGGAGGGUGGGAAACCUCCUCCCACCUGAGCUUCCUGGAGAGGACCCAGGAGUCGCUGGACCUGGGUCUCUACACUUUUGUAUCGUGUUGCAGCAGAGUGACCGUGGGGGUCGGGGGGGUUAUUUAUUUUGCCUGUCCUUAUCCCUGCUUGGACACCUGAGCGUCUGAUCCCUGUGCUGUCUUGCCUGGCAGGAGCCAGGAACAGGAGGGGCACUUCCCUGGAAUCCGCAUGUUUCCCUGGUGAUUGCACCCCACUGCCACCGUGGUGCCUGGCUUAAACCCCCACCCCUCCUCCAAGUCCUCUCUGCAGAGAGACGCGCCUGGCGGCUCCAGCAGGACCUACCUUGGUUACAAACCCAGGGGGAACCGCCCCCAACACACACACACACCUGAUUCUUUGCUUUCCCCUUUCCCCACCCUCCCCCAGCGCGCUCUGUGACCGCCAAGUUCAAAGCUGUGCACAUGUGGACACUCAAUAAACGUUCAUUGGUG